AUGGCAAGAUCACAGGCACAUGAGCAGAGUAAGCACAAGAAGUGUCCAUGGACUCCAGAAGAAGAUCAGAAACUCAUUGAAUAUAUGGAACAUAAUAAGCCUGGACGGUGGAGAAGUGUCCCGGCUAAGGCAGGGCUGGAACGGACUGGAAGGAGCUGUCGACAGAGGUGGACAUACUAUCUGGAUCCUAAUAUCAAGAGAGGGGACAUCUCUCAAGACGAAGAGGCCACCAUCAUCCGCCUCCAAUCCGUUCAUGGCAACAAGUGGGCAUUUAUAGCAACUCGUUUGCCUGGCCGAACGGACAACCAAAUUAAGAAUCACUGGAACACCCGUCUGAAGAAAAAGGUUCUGCCAAAGGAAACCCCCGUUGUCACUCAGGCAGGGUCGCAACAGUUAUUAGCCGCUGCAGAUUUAUUGGCUUCUACUGAGACUUAUAUAAAGAACUACGCCCUGGCGUUGCACUCAGCUGCAGAGCUACCCAAUCUUCACUUGCUGCUUAGUUCAGUACUGCAAGGCUUCGGGUACGCUACACCCAAUCCUGAGGCUCAACUCCAUGGACUCGGUUUCAAUUCAACAGGCCCUCAGGAUCUCUCAGGUACUGUUCCUCAAGGAACCAAUUUCAAUUACCAGGCUAUGGAACACCCAAUCCCACAACUAAACAAUAACCAUGGAGUGGAGUUCAUCAAUAUGUCUACAGACCCUACUCGAUCCAGUCUUCCUCCCCAAGGACCCGGUUCCAAUUAUCAGGUUAUGGAGGACCCAACAGUCCACAACUAUUCAGACAUGUUUGGUCCUUCGAUUGCUGACAUUCCAAAUACAGGUUCUAUUCCUGACCCACAAGUCAACAACAACUAUGCAGCCGAUCUUGAUUCUUUAUUUGUGAAUGUUUCAAAUGCAGGUUGUAUUCCUGGUUUAGAGGCUUCAGCCCCAUCGGAGUCCUUUAUGACUAAUCGAGUGGAAAACGGGAUUACCACCUUUGAAGCCUUGUCAGACUCACCUAUCUUUUCACCGGAGCUCUAUAUGAUCUACGGAGACUGCCCGAGUAGCUCUCCUGCAUUACGUUGA